UUUCUAAACUCUGACUGCUUUGUUUGUCACAGAUGCUUUCCGCACAUUAUCAAUAUUGCUGUCAAGGCUGGACUCAAAAUGCUGACAAAGGUACAGAACAAUCAGCACGGCAAAGAUGCAAGUCAUGACAACGAUACAUCUUGGCAGCACCACAGAGAUCUUCGCCAGGCUAUUGCUCUCUCAAUGGCAGCAAAGUGGGCAUUGAUUGCUGUCGCAGCUGAGUCAUUGGACUCUUCAACCUCUGGCCCCAAGCUGAAAGAGCUCCUUCGAGAUGUGGACACGCGCUGGUCAGCGCUGUUUAUGAUGAUUGAUCACGCUCUUGAGCUAUAUGAGGCAGUCAAAGCAUUUUUAAAUGCACAGAAGCAGAAUGAUAUUCGCAAAAGCGCCCUCAUUGAGAUGGAGCUGCGAGUCCUCCAUGAUAUCUGUAGGUUUCUACAUGUAUUUCACUGCAUCCAGCAGCUUCUCUCGUAUGAGAAGACACCAACCCUCCCACUCUCAAUAUCCAUGUACGAGAGCUUACUAGAGGCAUUGCGUGCUCUGCGUAGUAAGCUCCGUACUCUCGAGCACGCAAUAAAUGCGUCAAUUGGCCGGCUGCACAAAUAUCUGAGCAUCGCACGGAAAAGUAAAGCAUAUGCUCUUGCAAUGGGUGAGCGCCAUAUUUUUUAUUAA